AUGUCGUUUAAGAUCUCCGACGGCUCCUCCCGCGGCGGAGAGUACAAGACUUUACGCCAACUCAGCCGUGAUCGAUUAUUGUAUGAAAUGCUGCAAACACCGAAAUCAGGGGAUUCAAGAUCAUCAUGGAAGGUACUCAUAAUGGAUAAAGUUACAGUAAAAGUGAUGUCGCACUCCUGCAAAAUGUCGGAUAUCACAGACCAAGGAGUCUCACUGGUGGAGGACCUUUAUAGAAGAAGACAACCUUUGCCUUUGAUGGAUGCCAUAUAUUUCAUUCAACCUACCAAGGAAAAUACCUGCUAUGAUCUGACUGUAGUAGAGAUACUCUCUCUCGACAGAGCUUAUGUAUACUUCAGUUCACCUGUAUCAAAAGACCUUGUUACCCGCAUCAAGAAUGAUGUCAGUGUCCGGUCGCGUAUUGGUGCUUUAAGAGAGAUGAACCUGGAGUACUUUGCUAUAGACAAUCAGGGAUUCAUUACUGACCACGAAAGAGCACUUGAAGAACUCUUUGCUGAUGAUGCUGGGAAUUCUUGUAGAUUCAAUGCAUGCUUGAACGUAAUGGCCACAAGAAUUGCUACUGUUUUUGCUUCACUAAAGGAAUUUCCCACUGUGUGGUACAGAGCAGCGAGGGGACUUGAUAGUGACACCAUUACCACAUCCCGUGAUUUAGUCCCUACGAAGCUUGCUGCAAUGCUUUGGAACACCAUUACAACAUUCAAAUCUUCCAUUCCUAACUUCCCCCAAACCGAAACAUGUGAAUUACUUAUAGUGGACCGAUCUCUUGAUCAGGUUGCUCCCAUCAUUCAUGAGUGGACCUACGAUGCAAUGUGUCAUGAUCUGCUUAAUCUCGAGGGGAAUAAGUAUGUGUACGAGGUUCCCAGCAAAUCAGGUGGUAAGCCUGAAAGAAAAGAGGUCCUAUUAGAGGAUCACGAUCCUGUGUGGCUCGAGCUCCGGCACACUCACAUAGGAGAGGCCAGUAUACGUUUGCAUGAGAAGAUGACAAAAUUUCUUUCCAAAAACAAAGUAGCACAACUCCAACAGAGAGAAGGGAGUGAGUUCUCCACGAGUGACCUUCAGAAAAUGGUUCAAGCUUUGCCACAAUAUAGUGAACAGAUGGAGAGACUUUCUCUUCAUGUUGAGAUUGCUGGGAAACUUAAUAAAAUUAUCAAAGAUUUCGGUCUUCAAGAACUUGGACAGCUUGAGCAAGACCUUGUAUUUGGCGAUGCUGGAAUAAAGGAGAUCAUCAAUUUCCUGAGAACGAAGCAGGAUCUAUCAAACGAGAAUAAGUUGCGACUUAUGAUGAUUUUUGCUACUGUAUAUCCGGAAAAGUUUGAGGGUGACAACUCUUUAAAGAUCAUGCAGUUGGCAAAGUUACCUGAGUCAGACAUGAAAGCAGUGAAAAAUAUGAAGUUGAUCGAGGGACCUGACAUGAGAAAAGCUUCGAAAGGGACUUUUUCAUUGAAGUUUGCUUCAGGAAAGACAAAGAAUGCAACAAGAAAGGACCGAGCUGGAGAGGAUGAGACGUGGGCCCUAUCUCGGUUUUAUCCCAUGAUAGAGGAAUUGAUUGAAAACUUGAGCAAAAGAGAAUUGUCCAAAGAUGAGUAUCAUUGCAUGAACGAUUUGAGUUCUUCAAAUAAUGGCACCAAGGGGACUAAUAGAGUUGCAUCAGUUAGAGACGGUCCAUAUUCAGUGAGAUCAAGACGAACUGCAGCAUGGACCUUACCUUGCUCGUCUGAUGAAGACAAUAGCGAUUCAUCACUCCUGAGAACUGCAUCCAGUGCCGAUUUUAAGAAUAUGGGACGACGCAUUUUUGUUUUCAUAAUUGGUGGGGCCACCAGAUCUGAGCUUAGGGCUUGCCAUAAACUUACAGCAAAGCUAAGGAGGGAAGUAAUCCUUGGCACAACUAGCAUCGAUGAUCCACCUCAAUACAUUACGAAACUUAAGCUCCUAUCAGACAAGGAGCUUUCUAUCGAUGAUUACAGGUUUGGGAGCCUGAGGUUCACCCCAUCAAAUGAAUAUAAUCAUUAG